CAGACCGGAGAAAACAUAUCUGAUCUCAGAGUGUCUCUCUCUCUCUCUCUCUCUGGAGAUGUGGAGUGUGAUUUCUGCACUGGGAGGAAACGCAAAGCUGUAAAAUCUUGUUUCACGUGUCUGGCCUCCUUUUGAUGAUCGUAAAAGUCAAAGUAAAGUUCCUCCUUGGAAAAAGCACAAGCUGGUCAAAGUGUCCACAUGAUUACAAGAGAAGAUCUGCUCUGAUUUACUGACCGAAGCUGCAUCUGCUAUUUGUGUACAAUGGAUGACCACAAAGGCCACGAUACAGUCUCAGCUGCAGCAGAGAGAACCCAGAAACAGAGGGAGCUGGAGGAGAUGCAGAGAGAAGUCCAGCAGAGGAUCCAGGAGAAGCAGAAGAAGCUGCAGGAGCUGGAACAGGCUGUGAACAGUCUUAAGAAAAUCAACAGAAUGGGUAUUGAAGAACUCCUGGAGAAACUGGAGCAGGAGAUCGCUGAUCUAAAGAGGAGAAACACUGAGCUGGAGCAGCUUUCACUCACAGAGGAUCACAUCCAUUUCCUCCAGAGUUUCCAGUCUCUGAGCGUCUCUUCUGGAUCUGAGGACUCCUCCAGCAUCUCUGUCCAUCACCAUCUCUCAUUUGAUGGAGUGAGGAGCGCUCUCUCUGAUCUGAAGGAGAGACUAGAGGAGUUCUGCAGAGAGGAGCUCAGUAAAAUCCCUCUACAAGCUGCAGCAGCUCCUUUAUUAUUCUCAAAACCAAAGAGCAGAGAAGAUUUUCUACAGUAUUUCUGUCAGCUGACUCUGGAUCCUAACACAGCAUAUCAUCAACUCAUCCUGUCUGAGAAGAACAGAGUGGUGAAGUGGAGUGAUGAAGGCCAGAGUUACUCUGCCCAUCCAGAGAGAUUUGACCACAUAUUUCAGGUGCUGAGUGUGGAGAGUCUGACUGGACGCUGUUACUGGGAGGCUGAGUGGACUGGAAAGGUGUACAUAUCAGUCUCAUAUAAAGAGAUCAGCAGGAAAGGAUGGGAUGAUGAAAGCAAGUUUGGACGUAACAAUCAGUCCUGGAGUCUGCUGUGUUAUUCUUCUCUCACUUUCUACCACAACUACAUUAAAACUCCGCUCCCAAUACGUCCAUCCUCCAGAAUAGGAGUUUAUGUGGAUCACAGUGCAGGAACUCUUUCCUUCUACAGCGUCUCUGACACAAUGAUACUCCUACAUACAGUCCACACCACAUUCACUCAGCCGCUCUAUGCUGGGUUCUGGGUUGGUUUUGACUCAUCUGUGAGGUUGCGUGAUAAAAAUGAUGGUGGUGAUCGUGGCUGAUGGUCUGUGAGGCCUGUUUGACUAAGUUUCUGCUCUUAUCAUCCCUUUUUCCUCACCUAGUUAUAUUUGAUCACAGUCUAUUAAUAUUGAUUAUCGUCUUAUAAUCUCACUCAAAAUUUUCACUCAUGUUACAUUUUGUAAACGAACAAAACCAACCAGCUUCAAGAUCAAUCGUGAUAUUAUAAAUAUUUACCCAGAGCAGAAAAAAAGAAGAAGGCAAAUGUACAAGACUGUAUGAUUAUUGUUGUUAAUGUCAAAAUAUACUACAGAUUCCAAAAAACUUACUUCCACUCCAAACAGCUGAUCAAUCAGAUAUUUUCUCUACUGAUUUUACUGUAAACAUUUCUGCUAUUAUUGUUUAUAGUAUAGUUUUAUGGACAUACAGUGUUUGAUUUGUGUAUUUUUGAUUUUAUGGGGUUAUUUUUCUCACACUCUUUUUGUGAGCAAUUUGCUUAGCAGGCAUGGUACAACGAACCUUUCAUUACCAUGAAACAAUUUUAAAAUAACAUUAUUUUAUAUUAAUUUACAUUAAUUUAUUAAUGUAUAUGUAUUAACACGUUGUUAGCUGGUGCAAAGCUCUGGCAUAACUUUCAUUUAACUUUCAGUUUAAUAAUGAGCAACUUCAAGCAUAAGCUUCACCCUACUCUUCCUCUGCUUGAAGCUACAAUACAAAAUAUUCUAAUUCUAUUUACUUUAAAUUAUUUAGUAUUAUAAUAUCCCGUGACAUUUAGUUUGGGGAUAGGAACACUAAAGAGACCCAUUACAUUA